AGAGAUCAAGGACUCAAAGGUCCGGCAUAGUUUGUUCUUAUAUAAAGACAGGAACUUGAAAUUAACAGGCACUUUGUGACUUGCGUCGACAACUGUAUAACGUCUUCAAAAUGGUCAAAUACUUCGCUGUAGCUCUUGUAGCUCUUGUUGCUCUCCAGGCCUCUUUGGUCUCGGCCAGAGCCAGUGCCCCAGCAGAACAAAACGUCUUCGACACACUAGCUGAAGAUGCCCGUAAGGCCGUGAAGGACUUCGCCGACGCCACUGGAUUGAGCAGCUUGUCUUCCGAAAAAGUGAUCAACACCAUCGAAACCGACGCUAAGAAAGUCGCAGCCAACCUCGACGCCUUCGUUGAAAAAGUCAAGAAAGACGUUGACGCCAAAAAACCAGAAAUUGAAAAGGUGGUCAAGUCUGUUGAAGUUGAAUUAGCCAAAACUUCCGACUCUUUGAAGAAAUUGGUAGGUCCAGAUGCCUCGAAAAAGGCUGAAGAACUCAAGAAGGCCUUCGACAAGAACUUGAACGAAGCCAUCAACCAAGUCAACAAGGUCAUCAAAGCCAUGGAACCUGACGCAGAAAAACUUAAGGGUGACCUCGAAGCCAGCGGUAAAGUUGUCCUUGAUUCCAUCGUUGAAGGAACCAAGAAAAUCGAAGCAGCUAUCAAAGAAACUGCAAGCAAAGUUUAAAUACUCGUCACUGUGAAAUUUCAAUAAAUCUAUUUUCUUAAGUA